AUGCAGCUGGAGAAACAAGGGUCACCAAUCCUACCUAGUGCUGUGUCACCAGCGCUGAGCAAUCUCAGUGGUAGUAGCAGCACUCGGUCCUUCCCAAAUACGUUAUUGCAUAAACUCAACGAGGCACGGAUUAAGGCCACAUCGAAGAUACCUGGGGCCGUUCGAGCGAAAUUAUAUACACUACUAACACAAUGGAUUGAUCCUCGAGAUAUAUUCUAUCGUCUUGUUUUAAGUCUAGGAGAGAAAAUGAAGGGCGAAGAACAGAUGAGGAAACUAACACAGCUAGCUGCUCGGUGA